AUGACCAUCAACCCAUACAAGGCUCGGGGUGAUGAAGUCAAGUGCGGUUGUUUGUACCGUGAUGAACUGACAGUCGACGCGGCGCAGGGUCGAAAGGCGUUUAUUGUGAUCGUCUUGCUGACGAAGCCCUACAAGGUUUCUAAGGAAACUCGGUUCAUUGCUAAAAACGAGAGAGUCAACGUGGCAGAGAAGUACGACGUCAAUCAUUGGCAGCUAGAAUGCAGCGAUAUUGAGCACAGGCAGAUUGGUGGUUCCCUGGGAUCAGGAAGAAAUGGCCUACCUGCUGCGGUUUUCCCUUGCAGCCAGGACAACCUUUUAAUGUGUGAUACUAUGUAA